CGUCGCUUUCUACUCCGCGUCUCUCUCGAUUCAACAUUGCUUAUUACUUGUCUGUGUUCUGUCUCCUUCCCUUUCCCCGCCUCUCUCAAAAAGUCCGCCACUGUUAAUCACCCUGCCUGCCAUCCAAGAUUGCUCUGCUCUGCACUAGUUUGAGAUUUUUUUUCAGGCGAGGGUUUUAGUCGUUUAAUUGAAUGAAGUCGUGAUUCUUGGGCGCAAAAUUUAGUUAUGGGGGAUGAAGAGUGUGGCGUGGCUGCAGAUUGUAGUGUUGAGGUUUCGGAUUCUUCGACGAAGGUUAAACUUGAGAGUGAGUCCCCUGUCGAAAAAUUGGGGGCCGAGGAGGGUGGUGAAGUGAUGGUGGAAGUUAUGGGCUCUGAUGUAUUUGUUGAUGGCGUGAGUGGGGAUUUGGACAAGAAUGGAGGGGAACUUAGGGUUAAUGUUAAUGAAGGGGAUGGUGAUAAAAUUGGGGAAAAUGAGGUAGCUGAAGAAGAGGAUGUAGGUGCUAGAGGACCAAUUGAUGGUGAUGAGGGUGGGAAAGAGGGGGUUGGGGGGUUGGGAGUAGCCGAGGAUUUGGAUGGGGAAGAAACUAGGGUUACUGCUGUGGAUGUGUUGGAGAAAGGGUCUAGGAAUGAAAUUGAGGUAGAUGAAGGGGUUGGUCGUGUUGGUGAUUUGGAUGUCGAGGCGUCGAAUGUUGGAAUUGAAUCUGUUGUAGAAACUGUGUUGGAAAAAAACAAUGUGGAGAUUGAGGAAAAGAAGGCGGUAGAGAGUUGCAAGGAUGUAGAAAUGUCUGAACAUUUGGAAUUUGAUGAUGGGGGUAAAGAUGUUCUUGAUUUGGAUAAUCAGGCAUCGAAUGUUGGAGUUGAGUCUAUAGUAGAAACUGUGUCGGAAAAAAAUGAUCUGGGGAUUGAGGAAAAGAAGGCUGUAGAAAGUUGCGCCGAUGUAGAGAUGUCUGAGCAUUUAGAAUUUGAUGAUGGGGGUAAAGAUGUAUCGAAUGUUGGAAUGGAAUCUGUGGUAGAAACUGUGCCUGAAAAAGAUGAUGUGGAGAUUCAAGAAAAGAAGGCGGCCAAUGUAGAGAUGUCUGAGCAUUUGGAUAAUGAGGCAUCGAAUGUUGGAAUUGAAUCUAUGGUAGAAACUGUGUCAGAAAAAAACGAAGUGGAAAUGGAGGAAAAGAAGGCAGUAGAAAGUUGCGCCGAUUUAGAGAUGUCUGAGCAUUUGGACCAAGCUGUUUCUGCAGAUGAACAAGAGGUGUUGCCAUCAAAUGACAGUGCUGCAGGUCAUGAUCACUCGGGUGGAGAUUUUGUGGCGACUGAUGCAGCAGACAGUGGUCGAGUGAUUGAUGGGGUUGAAGGUUGUGUUGGAGGAAAGGAAACGACGAACAAUGGCGAGGGUGAAGCUUUAGAUGCAGCUAAUCCUAAAAAUGAAGUUCUUGCUGUGGACACUGACGAUCCAACGGCUAAUCCUAAAACUGAAGUUCUUGCUGUGGACUGUGAGGAUCCAUCGACUAACCCUAAAAAUGAAGUUCUUGCUGUGGACACUGACAAUCCAACGGCUAAUCCUAAAAAUGAAGUUCUUGCUGUGGAAACUGUCGAUCCAACAGCUAAUCCUGAAAGUGAAGUUCUUGCUGUGGACACUGAGGAUUCAUUGGCUAGUCCUACAAUUGAAGUUCUUGCUGUGGAAACUGUCGAUCCAAUGGCUAAUCCUGAAAAUGAGGUUCUUGCUGCAGAAACUGACGACCCAACGGCUAAUCCUAAAAUUGAAGGUCUUUCUGUGGAAACUGAGGAUCCAAUGGCUAUUGUUCAAGAAAAUCAUGGUUCCUUAGACGAGUCUCACGGUAUAGUUGCUGAGCCAAAUCACAGAAUGGAUGAUCCGAGCAAGGAAGCUUCGUUUGGUGAAAGUGGGGAAAUGGCUCCAGUUCUUCAGAACAAUGUACAUUUGGACGAGGGGAAUAAGAAAUCUGAAAACAACAAUGAAAAAAUGGAAAUUGAUUGUACGGAACCACAAGCGGGAACUGAGGAAAUAAAUCAAUCUAGUUGUCUGCUGCCUCAAGAAGACGAAGAUCGUUUCGUCAAAUCAGAUUUAGUCUGGGGCAAAGUCCGAAGCCAUCCAUGGUGGCCCGGGCAAAUAUUCGACGCAGAGGAUGCUUCUGAGGCUGCGAUGAAAUAUCACAAGAAAGACUCGUAUUUGGUGGCUUAUUUUGGCGAUCGAACCUUUGCUUGGAACGAUGCAUCGGUACUGAAACCUUUCCGAUCACAUUUCCCACAAAUCGAGAAGCAAAGUAAUUCCGAAGCGCUUCAAAAUGCCGUCGACUGUGCGUUGGAAGAGGUUUCGAGACGGGUCGAGCUAGGCUUGGCCUGUUCUUGCAUUCCAAAAGACGCGUACAAGAAAAUCGAGUACCAAAUUGUGGAGAACAGCGGAAUACGGGAGGAAUCGAGCCGCAGAUACGGUGUGGACCGGUCGACCCACGUCGAUGCGUUUGAUCCCGAUAAAUUCCUAAACUACAUUCGAGACUUAAGCUUGUGUUCAUCAUCUUAUGUCGAUCAGCUCGAUUUAGUGAUCGUCGAGGCGCAGCUGUCCGCAUUCUGUUGCUUCAAAGGUUAUCGUUUACCGUCUGAAUCUUCUUCCUCCGGGGAGCUGCUCGAAAACGAAAUGGUUAGUUCCGAGAAACACAGACGUGUUCCUAAAGAGGGUUCCGGUCCGAGGAAGGAGAGGAGUUUGAUGGAGUUAAUGGGCGACGGGGAAUAUUACCCGGAUAUUGAAGACGAAGAACAAUUCGAUUUGACAACUUCUGCAAGGAAACGGAAAGCGCUUGAUGCUCUAGAUGCUCAAUCCGAGAAACGAUCGGCGAAGUCGAUGAACCAAUCUCCUAAGCCUUCGUUUAGAAUUGGCGAAUGCAUCCGGCGAGUUGCGAGCCAGCUUACGGCGCCGGGCGCCGUUGUAAAAGGUAUCGCCGAUGAAGCAGUAAUCGACGGCGCUCAAAAUGUAAACGAAUUCUCCACGAACGAGAUUUUGUCGCAACUCGAAGCGUUGGCGAUAAAUCCGAAGAAACAGGGAACGUUUCCGGGUUUUAUUCAUAAUUUUUUCCUGGGUUUCCGAAGCUCGAUUUUAGUAAAUCGAAGGGGCCGGAAGAGGAAAUCUGAUCGAUCAGUAUCCGGCGAGGAAUUCGAAUUCGACGCAGAGGAUGAUUCAUAUUGGACGGACAGGAUCGUCCAUAACUAUCCUGCGGUGCAGUUGUCGAACAACCAAGAAAAUGGCGAUAAAGAUCUUCAAGUAUCUGUAAAAUCAGGACGUAAAACGCAUUCUAGGAAGCGAUACUCCACCGGGAAUAAUUCGACGGAAACCCCGCAAUCCGAUGAGAUCGCCAAACGGAAGAAGCAACUAUCGUCGCCGGCAGAGCUGAUAUUGAACUUCGAAGAGACGAGACGUAUCCCGUCGGAAAUCAACCUGAACAAAAUGUUUCGACGGUUCGGAUCGUUGAUGGAAUCCGAGACCCAUGUCGAUCAUGAAUCGGGACGUGCCAAAGUGAUCUUCAAACGGGGAUCCGACGCAGAAGUCGCGCGCAAUAGUGCCGAGAAGUUCGGCAUAUUUGGAUCGGCGAUCGUUAGUUACGAGAUCGGAUACGCGCCCGUGAUCUCGGUUAAAAUUUUGCCGGUUUCUGUACCUCAGCUGGAGCAGCUACGAGGAGACGAGGCUAUGGUUAUAUAGCUGCACGAAAUGUCUGGAUAAAGAUCGACGACAUGUUCGUUGCGCAGGGGUUCGAGAAAUCUGCAUGUAAGAAAGGUACGCAUUGUAAUAUUUUUGUGGUGAUUAAUCGGUUUUCGCGCGACUUGUCUGUAGAACUUUUGUGUACAUUAUGGCCGUGUAGUUAGGCUGUAACCUUGGUAGAACAGUCGUAGAUUCGAUUCGAGAAGGUAGUAGUUGUGACAAGGUAUGAUCAUUUAGGGUUGUAGGUUGGUGUGAUGAGAAUUAAUUUGAUGUUCUUACAAUUCGAAUGGUUCUUGCAGUGGCAGUGUAGUGUAGCGUUGGUAAGUUGGCAUGCAUUUGUCUGUCUGUA